AUGCAGUCGGAAAACCUUGAUGACUGGGACAGCUCAGAUCACAAAGCUUUCCGGGCCAGCCAGGAUUUGUUGACCUUUGCAACGCAAAUUCGAAAGUCAAUACACCUACAGAGCAGAGAUAUGACCACUCCAGCGAGCAUCGCCGAGGGCGAUGCCGAAAUCAACUAUAUUCGAAACUCGGCCGCAAAGCUUGCUUUCAAGCUAAUUCUGACGAACCUCAAUCUCCUUGCCAAAGUGUCACCGGAAAUGGACCCACAAGUUCUAAUGUCCCAGUGGGGUUUAGCCAGAACCACGACGCUAUCUGCGUUCAAGGCAUGCGGAUAUAGCGACGGAUAUGCCCAGGAGAUUACGGACGCGGCAUUUGCGCAGUUCCGACUGGAGCAGCAGCGAGUUUCACGCAAGAGGCGGCUAGUAAUGCUGGAGAAGCGGGUACGUCAAGUGGCCAAUACGGUCGACCACAUGGUGCAAGAGUCGAAGUCGACGAUCAAAAAAGCCAAUCGAGACCAGGCCACCACGGCCACUACGACCGCUACCUGGGAGAGAGCAAAGAUUCUGGCCAGACAAGAAAGAGAUCAACAAUUCAGUCCCCGUGAUUUGAAGGCUAUUAAGUUUCCCGAGGACACCGAUGAUAAGAUCCUGGUGGAAGAACUCGAAUCCCUGGCAAUCGAUGCGAGAAAGUGCAUCUUGAAAACUCCACAGGUUGGGUGUCCUGACACAUACAACAAAAUCAAGCCUACAGAUUGGGAUGCUGCUCUUGAUUCAGAUGCAGAGUUUGUAUCAAGAUGGGACAAUGUGGGUAAGACUACGGAGGGGAAAGUACUAGUGGGAGCGGACAACAUGCCGUGUGGUCCAGAGGUUUUCAAUGAGAGCCAACUGUCGCCAUUGGCUCUAUCACCGCCGCCCGUGGUACCUUUCCUACCACAGUACCAAGGCUUGAACUUUAGAGAUAUCAUCUACAAAGACUAG